CAACGCUCCUGCUUAAUGUAUAUAAAGGUUGGAGCUUCGACCGGUGUUCGAGACAGAUCAUCAUCAGACAUGUUCGGGAAGAUUAUCCUAGCACUCUCGGUCCUGGCCUGGGCCAGUGCCCAGAUUCCUAAUCUGGGCUUCUGUCCAGAAUAUAUACCCAUGGCGAACUUUAACAGGCAAAAGUUUAUGGGCGUUUGGUACGAAGCCGAAAGGUAUUUCCAGCUUAGUGAAGUGGUAUCGCGAUGCGUUAUGACAAAUUAUACCAAAGGCAGCGAUGGCAAAUUCCGAGUAAUUAAUGAAGUUACAAAUCGUUUCACCGGAAUAAAGAGGAUAUUGGAGGGUGAAAUUAAGCCCGCAGCUUCCAAGGCUGAGGAGGGUAAACUCACUGUCAAGUAUACCACAGUUCCACUGACUCCAGAAACUAAAUACUCGGUACUCGAAACGGAUUACGACUCGUAUGCUGUUUUAUGGAGCUGUCAAGGUAUUGGCCCGGUCCACGCACAAAAUGCAUGGGUCAUGACGAGGGAACGAAUACCGUCCGGAAAAGUGCUUCAAAAGGCUUACGGCGUUCUUGACAAGUACAAGAUAUCGAAAACGUUCUUCGUGAAAACCGAUCAGGCGGAAUGCGCCUAUUUGGACACGCCACCGGAGGAGGAAGAGAAGCCCGAACCGGAAAAGCGAAAACGGAAACCGCAAUCAGUCGAGCUGAAUGAGAGUUACAGAUCAACCAUUCCGGUGGAUGCCAAUACCGAGAUAAAGGAGGAAGUCGGGAUUAUCAGCGAGAAAGCGCUUGCCGAUAGCCCGAAGAUAGCGGAGGAACCUGCGAAGCUUGAGCAACCCAUCGAAACCGUUCCCGAACGGAUCUUAAAGAUAGCAGAGGCGAUAAAGGAGGAGAGCGGCGACGCCAGGGAUAAAAUGAUCAUCGUCGAGGUCAAGGAGGAGAACGUUGCGGAAAACACGAGCGAGGAGAAGAACGAGUAUUCGAAGGAAACGGAAACAACUGCCUAAAAGUAUUGUUCAGCUAAAAAAAAAA